ACUGGAAUAACAGCAUAUCAGUUGUGAUCAUUACCAUGAUAUGCUACGAGUACAUACUUCAGUUCGAAAAAGAGGUCACAUAUGUUUGGGCAAGACAGUGGUCGGUGAUGACCUAUCUAUACCUCGCUGUUCGAUAUUUUGGCAUUUCGCUUGCAAUCAUUUGCGCUUGCUGGGGAGGUCUAUUUUAUAUGCCUGAAGCAGUGAGUAGAGGUAUAUUUCUGUUUAUGCAAUGGGGUAUCUCUUUCUAUUCUUGCUUGACGAAAGUCAUUCUCAUCUGGCGUCUUUACGCUCUGUACAACCAAUCCAAGCCCGUACUUUAUGUUCUACUGGGGUUAUUCCUCCCUGUCGUCGCACUUUACAUAACGGUGGAUAUAUUGUUAUGGAGUCGAUCCUCAGCGAUUUCAAUGCAAGUGAUAGUAAUAACUCCAAACAUCAAGUACUGCACGGCUUUCUUCCACACCGGGCCUAUGCUAGCGAUAUACACUUCCAUUCCCAUCAUAUGCUAUGAUAUUUUACUGGUCGUUCUCGCCAUCGUCGUCCUCAGGAAGCACCUGAAAGACCGGAAGGGACUUAAAUUGAAGCCUAACACCUUUGUAGUCGUGAUCAUCCGAUAUCAUGUCGUAUACUUUGUCCUGAAUUUGGCAAUUCAAAUCAUCAUGACGGUAUUAUGGGCCAACCUUUCGACGGUGGCGAUAAAUCUCAUGUUUGUGUUCUACGAUACCGCACCAUAUAUUAUCGUGCCACGUCUUAUCAUCAGCAUUUGGGAGACGCAUGCGAAGGAUAACUGUGUACAUGUCAGUACGACAUUCGAGGAUUGCGUCUGCUGGACUUCGCCACCGAUAUUGGAGCAGCACGAGAUGGAUCCCUGCGUCGUGUGAUGUUCCGACUUGAGAAAGGGAGUAAAGUGAAGUCCUUCGCUCAGGUUCUCGUCCUAAAACCACUCUGAUAGAACAAGUAGUCCAGGCGCCCAAUGUUUAUGUGUAAAUAUGUACUAUCACGUCCACAAAGUAUCAGCAUUUAGUUUUUAUUUAAUCACUAGGUGUACAUGUACAAUUGCGGCCUACCAUAAUUUAUGUUAGAGGAUUCGAUGUG